AUACACUUAUAUUUGAACAAAAAAGCACAGCUGAUGUCAUUGACUAAUGUACACUGAGAAGAAAUGUGUCUUCUCUUAUCUAGUAUGUACAUACAUUAUCAACAUUAAGAUAACAUUAUGAUAACAUUAACCGUGCCUUAAUAGGAAUCAGAGGUGUAUCUUUGGGGGAAAAUAGGGGGGCUGUUGGUUAACCAAUGAAAGGCAACUCUGACAUCUGACAACGUCCACCAAUGAGCUCAAACAACAUUUUCUUUUUGGUGGCCUGUCUCUUAUUCUUCAAAACGAGCCAAUGCAGAGAAAAUAUGCAUGCUGUCAGUGUAAUCAUCCUUGCUUUUUGUGGUAGGUAAACAUAAACUUCUUCUGAAAUAUAUUGUUAAUACAUGGACUUUCAUUUUAUGACUUUUUUUCUUUUUUUAUUUCAGGUUGCUUUACAGCCCAUGUUAUUAACCAGCCAAAACUGGUGCAACAAGCCAAAAUUGGAGACAGUGUAACAAUGGAAUGUUAUUUCCUCAAAAAAGAUUUUAACCUCAUUGUGUGGUACAAGCAGCUAUUAGGAAAGAAACCACAGCCUAUAGCAAAGUCUUACUAUAUGAACGAUGUUCAUUUUCUAAAAGGAUUUGAUGAUGGACACCUCAGUGUGACAGUCGGAAAUGGAACAUUUCAUCUAAACAUUUUCCGGAUGACACAAGAGGAUGUAGCGACUUAUUAUUGUGGCGUGAUUAAGUUCACUGCGCUGUAUUUCGGUCCUGGAACAUUUCUGAUGAUAACAGAAAAACGUUCAAAUACGAGAAGAAUUCUACAGCAACCUGAUUUAAAACCUGUUCGUCUUGGUGAUAACAUCACUCUGCAGUGUACAGUUCAAUUCAUGGAGGACUGUGCACAACACAAUGUCUACUGGCUCAAGAUAAGCUCAGGAGAAUCCCUGUCUAGAAUUAUAGAUGCUAAUUUUAUAAUGGCUGCUGCACAGACAUGUGCCUACAACUUCACAAUGAAGAUCCGCACACUCUCUGAUACUGGUAUUUACUACUGUGCCAUGGAUAUAGAUGGAGAAAUAAUCACUGGACAAGGAACUAAACUGACUAUCACUGGCACAGACCAGAACAUUAUGAAUCCAGGAACUUUCAUUUUGGUGUCUUCAAACAUAAUUUCUGCGGUAAUAAUUAUGAUAGCCUUGGUCAAAUGGCAUUUUAUAGGCUGACUGAAUUAAAACAUCAUCCUCUACCCAAAUUUUGCUUGGAUGUUCACUAAAUAAGGAGAAUGUGCCCUGUACGAUACAAACUACCAGAGGUUCAACCUGCUCUGAUUCUGAAAUACUCUUGCUAUUUGUGUUAUUAUAUUGUUUCAAAUAGUCAAACAUGUUUAAUCCUUUAGGUUUAAUUCGUUUUUUUAAAUGUGUUUGUGUCAUGAAGACUAUCUAUCCAAUCACCAUUCUGAUAUGAAUAAAUAACAGA